AUGAAAUUGGCCAAAAUCAUUUACGGACAUCAUGCUGAUAGCUUCCAGAAUCUGAAGAUUGCAGGCGAUUUCAGUGAUUGGGAACCUCUAUCCAUGGAAAGAAGUAAGGAUGGUGACCUAUGGGAGUAUACAAUCGAUCUGACGAAGCUGCCUAGUGGAACUGAGAAAGUUCAUUUUAAAUUUAUAGACGACAACGGUAAUUGGUUUACCGAUGAGGAUUAUGCCAAGGAACUUGAUUCGAGUUCUAACGAGAAUAAUGUGAGGUUGUUCACCGAGGAGGAACUUGGUGGGAAAGACUUUGAGAUAGAUGACGAGGGACCUGUGAGUCCUGCUCCAUCAUUAGAAGGAGAUUUUUCUGAAAAUUAUUACGAACCAGCAAAGAUGCCGGAGUCCAGAGAGAGAGAUGAGUCAGUCGGGGGUUCAGCAGUAAUAGUGAACCAUUCUGACGUAGAGGAUGAAGGCACACGAGAUUUACAAAGCCCUGAAAAUGCUGAAACUGCGUUAAGCAACAGAGAUCAAAAUCCUGGUCAAUAUAAGGACGUCCUAGCUAGAAUUGUCGCUUUUUUCACCAACUUGUUUCGCUCGUGGUUUGGCUAA